CACGCCGAAAGGGAUCAGCGUCAAGGAGGAAAAUACAAAACAGCACAUAAAACAUGGAUAUAUGCAUAUUAAUUUGCUGUCUGCUUCAGCUGUCGAGAAAUGCAGCUGCAGUCUUUGGAGCCGUAGAGCUGGAGAAUUCAUCCACGGCCAGAAUAGACAUAUUGCCCCGUCAUCUGUCGUCGCCCCUAACUCUGACGCCGUCGACGUCGUCGAUAACGCACUUUGUAAAUGACUCCUUUAUCAUCUUUUGCAAAACAGUGCACAAGGAUUUGGACACCAAGUGGCGGGAUCCCAGGGGUCAGCCCCGUGAGAAUACCAAAGGGCGCGUUCACAUUGAAAAGAAGACGGGUCAACUCGCUCUGGUCUUCGAACAUAUUUCACUGGAAGACAAGGGCAACUGGACUUGUGAAAUUGACUCGUCCGCUGCACGAGAACCAAGAAAAUCCUUUGAGCUUCUUGUAAAUCAAAAAAUAUCAUUCGAGAAAACGGAGCAGGUGCAGUCAGUGCGCGAGGGGCGCGAUGCUUUGGUCAAUUGCUUUGUGCACGGCCAACCCGCACCGGAAGUCUCCUGGCUGCACAACGGCGAAUAUAUAAACACUGCUAACUCCUCAAAACACAAACGACUCUCCGACGGGCUUUUUAUCAAGAAUGUUAGCCAAUCGGAUGCAGGAGAAUACACUUGUCGAGCCAUGCGAAUAACGCCCACAUUCUCAGACUCGGAUCAAAUAACGAUACUAUUGAGAAUACAACACAAGCCUCAGUGGUUUUACAACGAAACGUUGCCUGUGCAAUAUGCCUAUGUCGGUGGCUCCGUUAAUCUCAGUUGCGAUGCGAUGGGGGAACCGCCGCCAUCGUUUACGUGGCUGCACAAUGGCAAAGGGAUUGUGGGAUUCAAUCAUCGCAUCUUCAUGGCGGACUACGGAGCAACUCUGCAACUGGAUAUUCGUAACGCCAGCCAGUUCGGGGACUACAAGUGCAAGGUAGCUAACCCACUGGGCAUGCUCGAAAGGAUAAUUAAGUUGCGCCCUGGCGCCAAGCCCAUCGGACCCACACGUUUCCAACUCAAGCGUCUCUAUCCGGAUGCCUUUGAGCUGGAUUUACGGACGCCACGCAUGACUAAUGUCUCAGACGAGAUGCAAAUCUAUGGAUAUCGUGUCGCUUACAUAAGUGAAAGUGAUUUCAAGUACAGCGCCGGCAAUUGGAGUUAUGCGAAGCAGAGGGAUUUUUCGUUUCAUCGUGGACAUCGUUUCAUCAUACCCCAUCUAGAGGGUAAUACAACAUAUUUAAUGCGUGCCGCCUCACGAAAUUUGGCCGGACUUAGCGAUUGGAGCAGCGUGAAGAUUUUUGCUACAGCUGCCGCAGUUUCUCCAUGGCAUCCCUAUAGGUGGUGCUCCCACGUUUUGAUAGGACUUGCUUUGCUUUGGCGCUAGGCGAUGGAUAUGGAUUAUGAAUGAAGUCUACUGUAGCAUUAGUUAAAAUUGUUAUUAGUAUUUAUCGUUGCUAAUUUUUGGUAAGUUGAGUUUUCGUGUAUCUUCUGUGAUAGACUUUAUGUGCAAUCCAAUUAUCCGGAAUGGAGAAUGCUUUAUAGUUACUUUGACCAUUGUCGAUUUCGCUGCCAACAUUCUGUACUUUUAUUGAUGUAGCUUGGUCUUAUUUAAUUACAACUGGUAUAAUGGCAAUCGAAUGGUAUACAUAUAUACAUUAGUGCAUACAUAUGUCAAGUCUAUAAUAAACUCGUUUAAUGUCCAUGCCUCACUCUACAUGAAUGUUGUUUAUGCUAAACAAACCAUUUUUAGGAAAAGAUCUCCCCAACAAAGAAAACACUUUGAUGAAUUUUACAAAAGUCCAAACAAAUGAAACAAAAAUGAAAGCCAAUAAAA